UAUCAAAAAAGUAAUGUCAUAAAAACUUGAUGGCUUUACUGUCUUUUUUUUUAUCCAUUUCUCGCAACACCAGGACUCAGUGCUCUGGUACAAUGAUUCAAUCUCGUCGUACCCAGCGCCCAUGUCCCUCUUACUACGCAAGAUGGACGAAAAAAUGUUCUUUGUCACAGACCAAAAGUUACGCGGGCUCUAGGUACGAGAUAAUUAUGGCUGCCAGCGGUAACAUGGCAUAAAACAUGCUACAUACAGUGUAACCUUGUAGCGCAUGUUUAUGAAGUUUCCAGAGCUGCAAGGGAUUUAGUUUUGAAGAGGUUCAGAGAUGUCAGAGUCAGAUGCRGAAGGGCCAAAGGCCAAAUGUGCCAAACUUGAAGACACUACAAACACAGACCUUGCCUUUCAGUCUCCAUGGCACCAUAGUGACCUGGUGCUCAAUGUUGAGGGACAUAAAUUUCAUGUGCAUAAGUGCAUAUUAUCAAUGAGUUCCCCAGUGUUUGAUGCAAUGUUCAACUCUGACUUUCAAGAAAAAAGAGCUGCAGAGAUAUCAUUACCAGGAAAAAGUGCAAAGGAGUUUGAGGUUCUUCUUAAGUUAAUUUAUGCUGAAGACAAACCUUCUGUUGUUACCAAUGACAACUUUGAAUUCCUUCUCAAGCUCACAGAUGAAUACCAAAUGRACAGAUUCAAAAGGUUUUGUACUGAUUUCAUGAAUUCAAGUGUAACACCACUUAACUGCCUACAUUUCUACCAAGUUGCUAACCAAUAUGACCUCAAUGAUGUUGUGAAAACUAAGUGCAURGACCUUGCUAAGCAAUUAUCAACUAACACCAUAGAAAGUAGCAAAUGGUUUGCUGAUACAACUCUCCAUGGAAAGUUUAAACUAUGUAUGGAGAAAAGCAAAGCUAUGGAAGACAAGGUUAGAGAACUUGAGAGUAAUUUAGCAGAAUAUGCCAAAACAUGUAGUGAGCUUGUAAUGAAGGUCUACAAAUGUGCUGCCAAGCAUUUGGGAAAAUUUGAUUGUGACAGAUAUUACUGCCACACUGCCGUGUAUAAGGAUAGAUUUAACUUUCGAUGUGAAUGUUGUAUACGUCGACUUGAAAGAAACUGGCCCGAUGCAACUCUCCUUUAUCAUACUAACAUUCUUGGUGCGGCUAAAUCGCAAUUUCUGACCUUGCGCUCCCUUCAAGACAAAGUUCCAAUCGAACUUAACUAUUGUUAAAGUUAUAUUACAAUUUGCUUGCAAUAGUCUCCUUCACGGUUACCUGCACCAUCUUGAAAG